UUGCAUCAGUCGAGAAUUUCCCCUUUCAGCCAUCCGCGUUCCGGCGCGUCUCGGCGCGUUCCGUCGGGCAAUUCAAUCCUCCAUCUACAUCAUUCUAUUUCUACUCCCCAUAAACAAUCCCAACGUACCUGCCACUGGUCAAUUCAACCACUACUAUAAUCAAAAACCAACUCCUGGAAUCUGUAUCAAUGGUCAAUGGGCAAAAAGAGAAAGAGACCCGUCAAGGACGGUCAAACCCGCCCCGCCGGUCUGUCCCAGCCAUCCUCAUCCACCACGGCUCCUGAAACCGCCGUCGGGUCUGGAAACAAUGAGGCGGUCUCGAAAAUCUCGGGCGAUUCUUCCCGGCUCCUGUCGCAUCCUGUUCUGUCGCUGUACUACAAUCGCGUUGUCUCUUUGAGACAGUACCUUCUGGGCCAGAUUCCUGUGGCUUCUAGGUCGAGGCGUAGGAGGAUCGCCUCUAUCGGCUGUAGGACUACCGGGGGUAGUCAGGUGGGCAGCAACAGCAGCAACAGCAGCAGCAACAGCGAUAAUAAUGGGCUUGCGGCUUUCUUAGAUACGACCCUUGUGGGUGUGUUGAAAGAGACACCUCCUACGAUUAGCCGGGAGCGACAGCGGGAUCUGGUCGCCUUCUCCCAGUCGCAGUCGCAGUCGAAAUCUCAACUCUCGACUUCUGAUAGCGGGUCAUCUUGUGCGCAAGCAGAGAUAGUCGACUUCGUCAUCACCGUUCUAUUCAACCGCAAUGGCAUCUCGUAUCGAAAGCCCCAGCACCUGCUGACCCAUGGGUACCAGCGUGCCACCGCAUUUCUGCCCCCGGGGAACAAUACCGCUCCCGCGUGCAGUAUACCUGGCCUUGUGGCGCGGUUCCCAAAUCAAAAUGUUGUGGCGCUCAAGCAGGCACCCUGGACGGAGGUUCUUGGCCUUUUGGGGAGUAAUGGGGAUGAGAUUAUGUUGAGGCUUUUGCUGGAUUGUGGUGUGUUUGUGUCGAUUGAUACUUGGAAGGGGAUCUAUAACCAAGUUAGCGGUCUCCCGCUGUCUGAUCUCGACCCUGUAGAGAAACAGACAGAGGCAAAUGAGGUGGUGAAUCCUGGUCUGCAGGGUGAUGCCGCGCCAGCUGCCACCGGGAAACAGCCACCCACGGCAAAAACAAGUAAAGCAGCACCAGUGUCGCCUGUACAGCGACCAAACAGUGUUGUAUUCCUUCGUCGACGCAUGCUCUACGCUCGUCCGAAGCUGACUUCCAAGGGGAAGAUCGACUCCGGCUUGACAAGUCUGCACGUCCUGAACCGAUACCAAAACACAGACUCACUCGAAGAGACGGUGCACAUCUUGAAGUAUAUCUUCCCCAGACAGUUCGGCCUCCACAAUGUGUUCACUUCGCACGUUGGCCGUGAAACGGCCCUGCCCUUCACGGACUACUCCGCUCGCGAAGACGAGAUCGCUCGACUAGAGAAUCAGAAACAGAUUCGGAAUCCGCGACUGAAACUCAACAGCGUCUGCGAAGAGGGUCACAGCGCUGAAAGUCCUCCCAAGGUGCCGAAAAGGCUGCGAGGCGAAGCCGUGGCGCUAGCUCAGCAGAUGCGGAACCGUCACAAACGGUGCUCGUAUCUACAUCUGCUAAAUUAUUAUUGCCCGGAAGAGGUAUGUCUAAAACCCUGCUUUCUACGGCUGAGGCUGACUUACUCAGGGGACCGGCCCAUGGUCUCUCGGGCCUGUCAACUCCCAAGACAGUGAACUGUCAUCGUCGACGACAGAGCCCUUAAUCACCCAGCCACAUGCUGCACCCGCACAAACCCCUGACGAUACACUCCCGGAUCUUCAAACCAACCCACUGCCAAACACAGCAGUCCCAAACCCAAAGCCCACCCUCACCGAC